AGGAUAUGAUGAUCUGAAAUCUCUUCGGUUUCUUAAAUCUACUACUCAUUACUCAUUUCCAUUCCAUUGGCUAGAAAGAAUACAGCUUGUGGUCUGAAAAGUCAAAACUUGUUGAAAGCUUCGACAGUUUUGUAUUUACAUAGCCUAUUAAUGUAUUCAUACUUGGACUACUAUCAACCUUCAGUGGUUUUUUUCCUCUCUCUGUUUGUUUAUCUUUGACAGCUUAGUUUUGUGUUCUGAUGAUCCAAAUCCUGGUUUAUUUCCAAGGGGAAGAAUCUAUGAUCAGACAAUGUUUGAUAGCAUAGUGUAUGGACUGACCGUUGUUCCUUUGCUUGUUUGUUGUCCACUGUAUCAGACAAUCUGUAUAUUUUCGUUUGGUCCUAUUGUAUUCUUCUGAUAUACAACAAUGCCUAGGAUCUUCGCCUUCUCAGAUGUGGAAAUGGAUUUGCCAUAGACAGAAAGGACAAAAGGUCCUCAAUGGAAGCCUAGAUAUUACAGGAAAUACAGCAAGAAUGGUUGUGAAUUUGCUGUCUAACUUUUGUUUUUCCCAGAAAUGUUUCAUCGUCUUCGCCGCUCUUCUUUGUAUCCGCCUGCUUAAAUUUAAGCAUCUUGUUGCCUCCUCUUCAUGGGAUUCCUUAUAUCUUCUUGAUCUUGUAGUCCAACUCUGUAGAUUCUGCCUCUUCAUAGAACUUGCUCAUGAGCAGCCAGGUCUGAUGUCCUUCAAGGCAUCUUAAAAGCCUUCCAAGCCAACAGUCUUUUGUUCAAGAAAAAUGGACAAUUCAUCAUGGCACAUCAAUGGCAAGCGGAGUGGCUAUGAACCUUCUGAUACAGAGACCGAGUGGCAGGACACUCCACGGCGUGAUCGCAGAAACAGUGGGGGCAUUGAUGCGCCAAGAAACAAUACAAGUCUUUUGAAGCCCAACCUGUCAAGCUCCUCCAAAUUUGAGUUCUGUCAUGAAAUUCCAACGACUGAAAAGAACGCGGUAACUAGUCCGAUUCGAAGGAGACAUAGCAGUAAGUCACCUUACAAGCCAAAGAGAGAUGAUGUUGGUAAGGUUUCGUCUAUGUCAAAUCAUAGAAAUAUUAGUCCCAUACCGAAAUCUCAGCAGCGGCAAAAGCAGACAUCUCCUUAUAAACCAAGAAUUCCUACUAGGGAGGAAAAAGGAACUCAGUUACAGGCCAGAGAAGAUACUAGAGGUAGUGAGAGAUCAAGUUCUGGACGAAGAUCAGCAACCGCACCAAGGCAAAGAACAAGAGAGAAAGAACAUGUGGAGCAGAAAGGGGAGAGGACUAUAUCUCCCUUACCGGGAAGUAUGAUUCGCAAACAAAGGGAAGCUACUCACAAGAAGAUGCCUUCUGGCGGCGAGAUAAAUGAAAUGGUCGCCAAUGCAAAGAUAGCCAGAGCUUCAACAUCUCAGCAUCCAGCCUUUCUUGAUAGUACUGACUCCAUUUCACCGGGAGAUAUCUUCUUUUCCGUGGCAGGCUUGCCAGCGCAGAAGAAUGAUUUGCCCAAAAAUGGUAGCACAGAAAAUCAUACCUAUGUUCUGCCUAAAAAUGGCAGCUCUGAAAACCAUAUAUAUCCAAGGCCAACAAUGUAUUUCUCAGCAAGCAAUGGCUCUUACCAGAAAAAUCGGAAUGGGCUAAAGAAUUCAACUAGUUCUGGUAUUACGCGUACUACUUCUAGCUCUGCUUUAAGCGGGCAAAGCUCUGAAAAUAGUAAGAUAACUGAUGUCAGUGGAAGGACUACUACCAGUAUGAGGAAGUUUACAGACAACAGAAGAAAGAACCAAAGUGAGCCAUGGUUUGCUUGUAUGAGAAAGGGAUCUUGCAGGACCUCUAAAUCUCCGGAAAGGGUAGAAUUCGAUGAAGCUGCUUAUAUUGAAAAAGCAUUUGUGGUUGAAAACCUGAGACAGUUCUGGGCUGAUAAGCAUCAACCUGGUUCAUUGAAUGGAUUUACUUGCCACAAACAAGAAGCUCAACUUCUCAAACAACUUGUAUCCCAAAACAUCUAUCCUCACGUCUUGUUUAAGGGACCAUCUGGUUCUGGGAAAAAAGCACUGACAAUGGCUCUUCUAAGUGAAAUAUAUGGUGAUGCUUGUAGGCAUCAGGUUUCACAUGAACUAAGAGCUUUUGUAGUUCAGGACCGAAAGCCGAUGCAGGUGGUUGUUCCAGUAACAUCCAGUGCUCAUCAUAUUGAACUCAAUGUGAAGAAGCUUGAAGCAAAUGCUAGAUAUGCAUUGAUGGGUAUAGUGAAGGAAAUUAGCAACUACUAUGCUGUUGCACCUGAAGUCAGCACUGUGAAUUUCAAGCCAGAUUAUAAAGUGAUUGUUCUUUAUGAUGUUGACAAAGCACCAGAGAACACUCAGCACCUGAUAAAAUGGAUUAUGGACUCUCACAAUGAUGCAUGUAAACUCAUACUUUGCUGCAACGAUGAUGCAGACAUCAUAGAAUCAGUGAAGAACCAUUGCGAGGUUAUCAAUGUUUAUGCUCCUGUGACCAAUGAAAUCAUGGAGGUUCUCUUACAGAUAGCAAAGAAAGAGGGGUUUGAUCUAUCUAUGAGCUUUGCAGGUAAGCUUGCAAGCAAAUCAAAGCAGAACCUGAGAAAGGCCAUCAUGGCUCUCGAAACAUGUAAAGCUCACAUCUAUCCGUUUUCCGACGAUCAACCGAUCCCGAUUGGAUGGGAAGAGGUUUUGGUAGAACUGGCUGAAGAAACCCUCGCAGACCCAUCACCUAAAAGACUAUUUUUGUUAAGGGGAAAGCUUCAAAAGCUGCUCGUGGAUUUUGUUCAUCCAAGACUGAUUCUACAGAAGCUUUCGGAACAAUUCCUGAAAGGGGUUCACGCCAGCUCAAGGAGAGAAGUUUACUAUUGGCAUGCUUAUUAUGAUAAGAGGCUCCCAACAGGAACCGCUGCUUUAUUGAAAUUAGAAGAAUAUGUGGCCAAGUUCAUGAGCAUUCACAGGAAGAGUUUUGUCAAUCGUCCGCAUUUUGUCUAGUUUGCAGACAGAGUUAGGGCAGUCACGAGAAGUAGAAGGCCGCUUGGCUGCUUGCUUGAUAGUCCUUCUUUUGCACAACGUAGAAUACUGUCGAGAGAUCAUUAUUUGUCUAGUGUUAACUACUUUGAAAUAAAAAAAUGAUGCAAGAACAAGAUGCCCUGGCUUUCAUAUAUUCAGAGGGGAACAUUCUAGAAUUUGACAGGCAAUGUUCUUGAAAAUUCUCUCUUUCAAGUUGGAAUACAGAACACAUCCUACCACACAUGAUUUUGGGCCGGGCCGGACGCUUAUGGGCCCUUUCAUGCAGUUGUCGUCCA